CUAGUAAAUAUUAAAUUUUUGGCCGCCUCUAUAUGAAACUGUCUGUCGCCUCCCUUUUCCCUUUCAGAAACCCUCCCAAGUCCCCCAAUCAUUAUUCUCCCUUUUCUCCGCCAACGUUACGUUGCGCAUCGUCACAGGUCAUCAACGGUGAUGGACUGAGGAAGCAGGCAGCGGCGAGCGUGUCGACAAUGAUUGAAAAGGUAGGUGGCAAUGGCGAUGGAGUCGACGGAGGAAGUGUUAGCUAGAUCUGAAGACUCUCUUUCUCCCCCUAGCAGCGAUCGACUUGGUCACGCGUUGUCGAGGGUGUUCCUGGUGAUGGAUUCGGCAGAGGAAGGUUCAGAUAUGAAGACUCAACUCUCUUUUUACUUCAGCGGCGGCGAUGGACAUGGAGGAGGCAGGCGGCGAGGGCGUCAAACAACAAUGGAGAAGGUAGGCGACGAGGGAGGGAUCUGAAUAUUGUGAUAGAUCUUGCCUGGUUGAUCCAACAAUGAAGCCGUUGUGAUGGAAGGAACAAUUGUGUAAUACAUUUUUAGUAGCUAGUGAUUGUACUGGUGCUAGUGAUGGAAUGAACAAGCCGUUGUUAG